CGAAAGUUUUAACUGUUAUAAUGUCACGGAAGUCGAAGGUUUAUUACUUAAAUAUAUUUAUUAUAUUGUGUCUAAUAACAUCCAUACGGGGUAUUUGUCGUGUACGUUACCCGGCGGACCUGUCGCUAAGACCAGAUAUAUAUAAAAUCGUUGGUUCACAUACAAUUAAAAUAAAUCUUGAGGCAAAUAGUGUCAACUAUAUAGAAUUAUAUGAAAAUCAAGAAAUAGAGGCACAGUGUAAUAUAAAAUUUGAAAUACCUGAAAAAUAUGAAACAUCGAAUCAACUUUAUAUUAAAUGUUAUAAUAAUUAUAUCUACAUAAAGACGAAUAAAAAUGGUGCAUAUAAUCUUCAUGCUUAUACAUCCGAAAUAAAUUUAGUAUGUUCCUUUAUAAAAUGGAAUUUAUAUGAGUCAUCUAAUAACUAUACCUGGUGCUCAUCAAAUGUUAUUUCAUAUAUUGUUGCUAGACCUAAGCAUUCACAAUUAGGUUACGAUUACUUGGCUGGUAUUUGCUAUGACAUUAAUAAUCUUGCCUUUUCAUCGGUAUACUAUACUUUGGCCCCUCAACAUUCUGAAUAUUUGUUACCAUCUAAUUUAACGACUUCUUAUGCCCCCGGUUUGGAAAUAAAGUAUAUAAAGGAGACCUUUCCCUCUCAUAGCAUCUCGUCAAAAGAUUUCGAUAAUGAACAGUUCCAAAACAUGUUCACUUACACCAACUAUAGCUACAGUUCCAUAAUACAAACGCCUAAACUAAAUUCGACCUUUAAUCAAGAGUUCUCUUCUCUACUUGAAUUUGUCUGGUGGCCAAAUUUACGUCUGAAUAAUUGGAAACGUUAUGAAACUGCUCUCGAAAAACAUGUUGAAAGUGAUAAACAAGCAUAUGACAUAAUAGCGGGAGUAUCUGCUGUUUUAAAAGCACCCAUUAUUGAGAACUGUCAAACGAAUUUCACUAUGAAAGAUGUGAUCAGUAAAAGUGACAGCACAAUACCAUUGUAUGUUUGGAAUUAUUUACAGGCCAGAGGUAAUAGCUCCAAUGAAUUUGUUAUUAUAGGUUUCAAUUCACCAUUUAAUGAGUUUUACUCGUUAGAAGAUAUUAUAUUUUGUCCGGAUAAAUGUCAAGAAAUACCCUGGUUGGCCAAUGUCAGUUCAUCUUUUCGCUAUAGCGUAAUGGGCAUUAUAUUUUGCUGCAAUAUCGAAGAUGUUAAGUCCUCCAAACGUUUAUAUGGUUUUCCUAACUAUGAUUUUCAGCGAAAAUCUGCUGAAAUAAUGAAAUUAUUUGAAAAACUCUAGAUUUCAUUUGUUAUAGUGAAUGUACUGUAAAUAAAAUAAAUCAUAGCUGUUUUAUAUUGAAAAUAAU